GAAGAAAGGAGCGAUGAAUACAUGCCUCUUGUGUUCAGCUUCACGGGCGAAGUAACCUCGAGUGCAAGCCGUGACGAUACCCAGGGGGCUUCCUCUACUCUGGGCACCUACACAACAUGAGCCCUACGGCUGUCUUCUAAUUUCCAAAGAGUCAAACGUUUAAUUUUUUCCCUUUACCCAUCGGCAUUGACUGCGCAUGGGCGGCAAUUAUACGUGCUUCUGUCACGAAACAGACGCUAGUGCUCCAGAGGCGCCCAAACAGCCAUGGCUGAAGAAAGUAACAGUGGACACACGCCUCCUGCGUUUAACUUCGACGACGAAGCAAUGCCGAGCACAAGCCAGGAAUUCUUCGAAGGCGCUUCGGGCACUCCAGACUGUAGCACUACGAUUUGCGAUGACUCCUUCGAAGACCUGUGGAACGCGAUGAACAGCCACAACGAUGCCACGGACGUCACUGGCCAUACACAUCUCACUGAAAGCGGAAUCACCAGUGCCCAAGCUGUGGAGUUCAGGAGCAGCGUUGAACAUGCACAGACCAGUACAAGCCGCGCAGGCAUGGAAGAAGCAUCGGUCAUUCCGGGAAAUAUUGCUAGCAUUUCUGGCGAUGCCUGGCGUUACCAGUGGAACACUCAGCAAAAGCCAAUAACCGACGGUACUUACAACGUCGACGGUGUGACCGACAAUGGUAACACGAGUUACCUGCACCUGGGGUUCAGCACCAGCAUUGAUCACGCAAUGCCCAGCACAAGCCGCACAGGCAUGGAGCAAGCACCUGCCAUUACAGAAGGCGGCGCCAGAAUUCCUGAGACAACCCGUGUUGACGAAGCGAACAUGCAAUACCACCUGGCUGAUAGCACAUCCACUGACUGCGGGCAUACGCACAACACAGAAACCGGGAGCACUUUUUUCACACAUCUGGUCAAUAGCAGCAGCCCAGUCGCCAGUACAAGCUACGCCCACAUGGAGGAACGAUCGAACAUUUUUGGAAACGAUGCCUGGAAAGCUACUGGAACUGGAGGAAGGGAAAGCAUUUCUGACGACGCCUGGCGCUACCACUGGAACACUCAGCCCAGGCCAAUAACCGACAGGACUUACAGCGUCGACGGUACGUGGGCGAUGGUCUCUCACCUUUACCACGACCAUGCCCGUGUCAGUGAAUAUGGCAGCACUAGUUACGUGCACCAGCCGUUCAGCACCAGCAUUGAUUACGCAACGCCCAGCACGAGCCUUACAGACAUGGAGCAAGCAUCAGCCAUUGUAGAAGGCGGCGCCAGAAUUUCUCAGACAACCCAUGUUGACCAAUGGAACACGCAGUACCUCAUGGCUGAUGUCAGAUCUACCGACUGCGGCCAUAUACAUGUCGCCGAAAGCGGAAUCACCAGUUCCCUACCUAUGGUGUCCAGCAGCAGCAUCAAUCACGCACAGCCCAGUACAAGCCGCGCUUGCAUGGAGGAAGCAUCGGCCAUUCCGGAAAACCUUGCUAGCAUUUCUGACGACGCCGGGCUUUACCCAUGGAACAGUCAGCAGAGGCCAAUAACCGACGGGACUUACAACGUCGACGAAUUCCUGAGACAACCCGUGUUGACCUAUGGAACACGCAGUACCACCUGGCGGAUAGCACAUCCUCCGACUGUGGGCAUACAGGCCACACAAAUCGGAAGCACGGGUUUCACACUUCCGGUCUGCAGCAGCAGCCCAAUGGCGAGUACAAGCUACGCGCGCCUGCAGGAACCAUCGGACAUCUUUGGGAACUACGCUUGGAAUGCUACUGGAACAGGAGGGAGGGAACAGCAAGAGUUCUCCGGUGCAUGUUCCAAUGUUUCCAGCAGACAGGAUGCCUUACAUGGGCACACCAAGGAACGCACGGGCGAUACAGCCUACACUUGCAAAGCAAGUGAUCCUGUGAAUAAUUCAGUGAAUCACUGCCGGAAUACAACAGGCAGAAACCACAAAUGCGUAACCUGCGGUAAAAUAUUCCACCGGGCUAGUCUCCUUGCCACACAUUACCGCACGCACACAAACGAGAGACCCUACAAAUGCGAAAUAUGUGAAAAAUCAUUUCGGCAAUCUCAUCACCGCGAUAUCCACAAACGUACACAUACAGCCGAGAGACCAUACAAUUGCAAAACAUGUGGUAAAUCAUUCGCGAAGUCGUGCAAUCUCCGUACACACAACUACACUCACACAGACGAGAAACCGCAUGUCUGUCCGAAGUGUUCCAAACCAUUCAAAACCAAAAAAAACCUCAAACAUCACAACUUGUGUUGUGGGGACAGAGCUUUCGUUUGCGAAAUAUGUAAUGCAUUCUUCAAGAACAACUCGGCUCUCGAUCGUCACCGUCGAAGCUACAUGCAUGGAUGAAACCCCGUAUUAGUGUACGCAGGGCGCAUUUGCUCUCACAGAGAAAGCCGUCGAUGGACAGCUGUACCAGAAUAUUACCUGCCAAUUGUGUGGAGAUGCAUUCGGAGGCGACGAUCAACUUAUUACACACAUCGUGACGCAGAGGGGUGUCCAGAGAUAAGUCUGACUAGUGCGCAAGUUAACCAAAUCGCCCGUGGCUUUUGCAUACCAACGUGAAAGUGAAGCAGUGCGGGGAAGCAACGCGGAUAUUCUUUCAGAGGAUCCAGGAGCUAACUAAACGCAUCGUGUGUGUAGGCCGGCUUCUUUUGACGUUUAAAGCGGCCUAGUCAAAUAAGCGAUGUGAACGAUGCCAUCUGGUUUCUCCAAGUUAUAAGAUGUCGUCGCCAAAAGUAUUUGGAGUGCUUCAAUGUCGGGGUAUACGGCAGAUCCUAGCCAGCGCUUACUGUUUGCGUAACUGCAUUUGUUGUUCACGAACACAGCAUUAGCAAAUUUAUUUCAAGACAAAUCCUUAUGGGCUGCAAGUUUGUGUUGAAGGUUGAGGUGCUUUCACAAUAUCCUUGACUCCUUGUUCUGUCAGUGUUUCUUUGUAGGUGUUUUGACAGCUUAGUAGUGAACAGGCUCUAAUGAACCCUGUGCUUUAUGAUAUCCGAAUGUCCAUAGAAGGGAACAUCUCCUAUUGGAAAGCAUUUAAAAAUGAGGUACUGUUUUCUUCUACACUAACAAGUAAUCUCUGUCAUUACUUAAGGUCCUUGCGCCCUAUUGCGUUCCAGAGACAGGUUUUAUGACUGUAUGUACACACAGUCUACGCAUAAGAAACAUUUCAUUUAAAAUUUGUUGAAUGCAUGCACUGUUUUCGUUCUCUUUGGCUCCUGUAUUCAUACCGAAAAUCUUUGUUGUAUACCAUAAACUAAGCUGAUGAGAGUAGUGAGACUGCAUUAGAUCAAAAUAAUUGGGAGCUUCACUAUAUCACGUGUUCACCAACUACAAAAAUUUUAGCUGUUUUAUUGUGGUGGCUUAAAGCAUCAAAAGCCAGUCUUUUAUCCAUAUGGAAGCCGUCUGUCAAGACUCGCAAUGUUCUCUAGUUACUGCUGUACAAUCUUUUUACCCUGAUGCGACAAACGCAUCUGUGCGAGCAAUGACAGGAAACGUGAUGCAGUUUUUAGGCAUAUUGACACGCAUACUUGUAUAUGUUCUUCUUGUGAAUGCGUUUCGCAGGUUACAAAGCUUGUUACCACUCAGCGCAUGACGCGACUGCAUUAUCACAAGAUUGUCAAUGUUUUUCGUCGAUGAUGUACUUUUUCUACGUUGUAGUCGAACCUUCUGUAAUCAAAUCGCACGCGCAACGCGAAUACAGUUCCGCAUUUUGGAAGGCAUGCAAGCACCAACAAUUGCGCUGGAAUCUUUGAUAAAUCACGUACGAACAUGCGACGCUCGUUAGCUGUAAAUCAAUUCUUGGAUGAUCAAUGCAUGUGCUCGGAUCUAUCGGACCAUCUUUCUGUCCUAGUGAACUUGUUUUGUGGGUUCACGUUCGCCCAAUAAAGCGAUAGUUUCCUGUC